GCAUUUUUCUUUUUACUUUAUGAUAGGGUCUAUCAAAAGCAUUAAAGCCUCCCGGACGGUUACAUCUGGAGAAACAGAGGCGACCCCGGCAGGGCCUGCCCCAGUCCCUCAGGUGAGCGUGGAGGAAGGGAUGCUUCGUUUUCUUGCGCAGCGGUUGUAUCUUUCCUAUGACAUGGUCCUCGAAGCGCGUGCGGUUUUCGAACGCUAUCGCGCACUCGAUCGAGAUGUCCCCGCCCUGGAUAACUUAGCGGACGGCAAGCCGGGGGAACGCGGGGCGCUGGCGGAGAUGCUGCCACUCCGUAUGACGCUGGGAUCUGAGGAUCGUAUUGGGAUUGCCGGCUUGCGCGCGUUGUUUUCGGACCUUGGCAUUGUGCAGUCCGACAUCGAGAUCGUCGGCCUCAUUGAACGUUUAUCGGGCCGCGUGAGGGAGGUUGAGACCAACGCUUGUGAGACUUCGCCGCUCAGCAAACCAAUGCCGAAACGGAAUCUCACGAAGCAGACCAGUCCCGAGGACCAAAGGACUUUACCCAAGCGAAGAAUAACAGGCUCCGGGAACAGUUCCCGGGAGGAAGAGCGAAGGGUGACAAACAGCAGCGCCGCAGGGACUCCUCAACAGUUCGUCGCAGUGCCGCCAAAUGAUAUCUCUCAGGAAAUACUGAGCGGCUGUCUUCACCCGUCGACCCUGGCACCACCCCAUGGCUUGAGCUUCUUCCACUUUCUUUUUCUCUUACAAGAGGAUUUUCAUGAGGGCAUUGAGCUGCAGAAAGCGCUUCAACAGCAGGAAAAGGAGGCAGAGGAAGUGUUUCGCGAGAUGGAUGUCGAUCGUAACGGUGUAUUGACGGAGUCCGAUAUUCGUCAAGUCCUGGCGCGUUUAUUAACGGAAGAGGUCACCUUUCAGGAUGAAGAGACUAUCCUGCGCCUGGCCAGCUUGCACCCCGUUGAGCUUCAAGCGGCGCUGACAGAAUUCGACGUAGACUCCGACGGUCACGUCACGCUGAGCGAUUUUCUGUCUGUGUUGCGAUCUUGAUGGUGAAAGUAAGAAAUCAACUACGUCAAUAACAGCUCCUUGCCAAUCCUUAUCAGAUCAGAGGAAUGCAUAGUGUAGUGUUAUUACCACCAGUUCCAUUUAUCCAUAGGAGUUUUCAGGAUGAAAUUCACAACGCGGGAAUGUAUACAUGUUCAUAUUCUUGGUAGUGUGCGUGAGUAUUUCGAGGAUCCAUCCCAAUGCCUACUUACACAUUUCAAUUGUUCAAAAACAAAGGUAGAUUUUU